GGUUCGUGCAGGUUCGCGAAAUCGAUCUCAAUAAGUUCCGCGCCGGAUUAUUUUUGUGCGAAAAAGUGAGAGUAAAAUUUGUGUAAUAAUAAAUUUUUGUGAGUUAAAUUCUUGGAAAAUCCAUGGUAUUUUUUUAUGAGGAAAUUCCUGGAAUUUUCAAAGAAAAGUCGGUUCAAUAUGAAUAAUACUUCCGCGAUUUGAAUUUAUUAAACUGGAAUUUUCCAGUGCUAUGUGAAGCUGGAAAAUAAAUUAACUUUUGGAUUUGCACUGUCUUUGUAUAUGGAAAAGUGGCAAAUUUUAUCAUAAAGAAACACCCCUUGUUAAGUGAAAGUCAUUUUGCUAUUAUAUGAGGAAAAUGUACAAUUUAUGUAAUACAAUAUGUACUUGAUUUUAGUCCUUGAAAGUAACUUUUUUCAAUUGAUAGGUUUUUGUCCACUAUAUUGGACACAGAAAAUCAAAGUCCUAGUGGACAGUUUCCAUUGAGCUUUUCCAAAACAUUUUCACAUUAAUUAUUAUUCUCAGAAUCACAGUGCAACAAAUUAAUGUAUUUAUUAAAUGUACAACAUUUUAAUAAAAGUAGAAUGAGCGACUUAAUUAUACUACUUUGUAUGUAUAAGUACCGCGGCCAAUUGAAAUGCAGUCCAGGUUUUGUUUUUUUUGCUUCUUUGUUCUCGUUCUCGAUUGGGUUUUAAUUGCGUAAUUUAUACAGAGUGGAACUCCUAGUAAUAUAUUGAUUCCAGAAACUGUAAUAUUUACUAUGUGAAAAUGGUACUUCAAAACGCUGUGGUUGGUACCAGGAGACCGAUUACGAGGCAGCAUUCUCUGGACGGAUCGACGGAACCACCAAAAGUACCAGCAAGAAGAAGAAGAUUUUUGUCUACUAGUAGAGCCCAUAAUCCGUUAAGGCGUCAACAUCAAAAUGGUACAACGACUUGGCACGGUUCCAGUUUGGGUACUCCGGCCAAGUCCGAAGACCCCAAAACUCCCGAGCGGCUUAAAGGUACUACUUGCGAUUUGUUCGAGCUGUUGGAGAAGGCCCAACGGUCCAGAAUCGACGAUCAAAGGUGUAUGUUGCCAGCUUAUUUCAAUCAGCCACAAAUUCAGCGUCAGCUUACCACCGGCUCGAUCCCCAAAGAAAACCUGUCGCCCCGGCAAGAUUCCAAAGAUGACCUGCGACUGGGGCACAACAACAACAUCAAAAUAUCGCCGGCCGGGUCGCCGCACCCUUUGGGUACCAACACGCCGCCCUUGUCGCCUCAACAGCCUCCUCAAGCCAGGAGGAUAUUGCAGGAGGCUUUGUCGCGACCUGGACCUUAUGCUAUGAUACCUGGACCACCAAAAGGUUAUUGGGUGGACGGAACUGACCACGACGAACAAUUCGACCCCCGAGGCGUACCCAUAAUCCCCCAUCAAGACUGGCGAUUGAAAAUCGAAACCGACGAAACCGCCAAGUACUACAGGAGAUUUUUCGUCGGCAGGGAACACUCGAAUUUAAUAGGAACAGACGAAAAUUUGGGCCCGGUAUUACUUUCCAUUAAAACCGAAAAUGUGGCUCAGCAAGAACACCUCAGGAUAAUGCUGAGGCUCAGGAUGACGACCAAACACGAAAUAUUGCCUUCAAGUUAUUUCGGCCCGAAUCCUAGUCCUUCCAGGAUGGCGAAGUUACUCAACAACGAGGUCAACGUUGACAAUUUUCAACCAGUAUUACACCCAAAAACAUCUCAACUCAUAGCAACUUACGAUGAGCACGUUCUAGUAACAACCUUCAAGUUUGGAGUAUUGUAUCAGCAAUUCGGCCAAACAACCGAGGAAGAAUUGUUUUGCAACAAUGUCACUAGCCCUGCUUUUAGUGACUUUUUAGAUUUACUUGGCCAAAGGAUACAGCUGAAAGACCACAAAGGAUAUCGAGGAGGACUCGAUAUACAAAACGGACAUACAGGAGACACAGCUGUUUACGAAGUCUUCAAAGAUAGAGAAAUAAUGUUUCACGUGUCGACACUGCUACCCUAUACAGACAACGAUCCGCAGCAAUUGCAAAGGAAAAGGCACAUCGGUAACGAUAUCGUGGGCAUAGUGUUUCAAGAGGAAAACACUCCUUUUUGUCCUGACAUGAUAGCCUCGCAUUUCCUGCAUGCAUUUAUCGUUGUACAAGUUUUGGAUCCGAAUACUUCAAACACUAGGUACAAAGUGAGUGUAACGGCACGAGACGACGUGCCGUUUUUUGGACCGACUUUACCGACGCCGGCGAUUUUCAAGCAUGGUCCAGAGUUCAAGGAGUUCCUGCUGACCAAGCUGGUCAACGCGGAAAAAGCCUGCUACAAAGCAGAGAAGUUUGCCAAGCUCGAAUUGCGAACUAGGACGUCGUUGUUGCAAAGUCUUACUGAUGAUUUAAAGGAGAAAACAGCUGAAUUUCUUGGAGGUCCGAGUACUCCGCAAGUACCCGGUACACCUAAGGGCGACUCGGGACCCGGCGCCCGAUUCAUCGACACCGUAAAGAAAGCUUGGACUGCGGCCAAAGUGAAAACGAGCCAGAGCGACAACAACUUGGGCCCGGCCAGUCAUCACCAUCAUCACCACGACAAACUGAGCAAGAAAUCCAGUCAACCACCGAUUUCAGAAUCGACACCUUCGAGUGGAAGAUCAAUUUCGAAGUCUUCAAUAAUAUCAAAUUCCAAAAAGUCAGGUGGUUCAGGUAGUACGGGCAGUGGACGGUCUUCAACAGCUUCAUCUCCAGAUUUGACAGCUCAUGCUCCUUCCAGCGCUCGGCCAGCUUUAAGUGAAGCCAGCGACGACUCUUCAUUGACCUCAGAAGAUCUGGAGCAUCUGGCUGGAGGGUAUGUUGAUAGUGAUACUGGCCUGGAAUCAAUGUCUUCGGCGGAAACCGCAGCCAAAGCUUGUAAUUGUCAAGAAAGGCCCGGAAGUAGCACUCCUGGCGGACAAAAUGGGUCGCAGCAGGAAGUUUUGUCGCAAGAGGUUACCAGGUUAAAGUGCGAUAAGUUGGAUUUGUUAAGACAGAAUGUGAACUGUCAGAGAGACAUUAAAAGGCUACGAGAAAAGGAACUGGUCCUACAAGGCGAACUAACGCAGGCGCACAAGGAAAUAAUGCGACUCCGGGAACUGCUUAAGGACUAAGCAAAUUAUUUAUUGGAUAUUAUCGAGACCAAGAUUCCUUUCGCGGGAGCUAACGCUGAUGGUGCCUUUAUUUUGUGAAUUAAAAGUUGGUUUUUUGGAAUCUUGGUCUACGUUUUGUGUUGACCACAAACUAUGUAUUAUUAAAACGUUGACUUUAGGAAUUCCUAUGAUUUUUUUUUGUUUUGCUUUCUGACAUUUAUUUUCUAGUUACCGCAUCACUUUUCUCAAAUUAUCCAAUACAUGAAUAGAUUUAGGUAAUGUGUAUACUGAUUUACACAUAACUUUGCACCGUAAUAAUAUGUUUUUUUCUUCUACUGCUAAAUUUACAUCACCUAAAACUCUAACAACUGUUAGGUUUAGGGCUAAAUUAUGGACCUACUGAUAAGUGUCAGGUUAUUACCUAGCAGUUUUCUAUGCUCUAGGAAAUAGAAAGCACCUACUAGGUAACAACCUGACACUUAUUAGUAGGUUCAUAAUUUGGCCCUUCUAGGCUUAAUUAUAAAACAUUUAUAUUUUUUUUUUGUGAUAUGAGUUUAUUUUUCUUUUUAGAAUUAAGUAUUUAUUUUCAAAAAAGGGUUUAACAUACUCUUAUUAUUUUGUACAUUAUUUUUUUGAGAGACACUAUCAUUACCAAUACCUUAUUUUAUACCAAAGUAACAUUCCCCAAAAAAAAAAUGAUUUUUGAGAAAUAACUAAGUGUGUACAUAACAAAGCGAAAAAUAAAAGUAUUUAUUAGGUUUAUUAAGUUCUUAGUAUCUCACAUUAUAAAUUGCCCGUGUAGAGCAAGAAGGGGUCAUGUGUAAAACUGCAAGUUUGCAAACAUUUCCUGUCUAUAUGAGUUUAUAUGUAUGUGCCGCUUGUCAUUUUUUACACAACGUAAGCUGUAUCAUUGUAUUGAAGAUGUUAUGGCAGUUAUCUCAAAAAUGGUUCAAUUGCCGCUUGGCCUCUUUUUGCUCUACAUAGGUGAAAUGUAAUUAGUAAUUUUUCUUUUGUACAAUUUUCUUUUUUGCAAUACUGUAUUACUAGAUUAGAGAUUUAUUUUUUACUUAAGGGUUUAUUAAUAUUUAAUUACUAAAAAAAAUUACGUGUAAAUACGUUUUGCUUUAAUCAAUGUAAUUUUAGGGUGCAAAAUAUGAUUUCGGACGAACAAAAAAAAAACACUAACUAAAGGCCUUUUCUAUAUAAUAAUGUAGUAAGAAAAUUCUAUUCUGUUAAAAAAAAAAUUCAAAUAUUUAUCGAUGUGUGUAGUAGGAUGUAGCAAGGUACCCUAUUUAGACUGUGUUUCAGGGCUGGGAUUCUGGUGUCUUCUUCUCUCUUUUCAAAAUCAAUAGAGAUAAGACAUCAAUAGAGAUAGAGAAAAUAUCUCUAUUCGUUACAGAGUCCCAAUCCAGUUUUCUAAUACUCGAAAUAAUUAUUUGUCCGAUUAUUAAUAUCCUACUGUGUAGGGAUUUUACAGUUAAUUUUUGAUUUUCUUACAGAAUUUUUGAUUAUUUUUUUUUUUGUGAUUUUCGAGUUCGUUUUUGUUAUCUUUGACAAUUUACUACUGCAAAGUCUAAUAAAAUAUAUAUUAAUGUGA